AUGACGCGCGGCCGCCGCACUUUACGGCUGGCGGCGCGGCUUCUGGGCCGGUACUGGGCCAACUUGAAGCUCUGGUUCAAGCAAAAGAUCAGUAAGGAGGAAUUUGACCUGGAAGCACGCAGGCUUCUCACGCAAGAUAAUGUCCACUCUCACAACGAUUUCCUCCUGGCUAUUCUUACUCGAUGCCAGAUCUUGGUUUCUGCACCAGAAGGUGCUGGAUCUCUGCCAUGGCCAGGUGGCUCUGCAACUAAACCUGGAAAACCCAAAGGGAAGAAAAAGAUUUCUUCAGUUCGACAGAAGUUUGAUCACCGUUUCCAGCCUCAGAAUCCGUUGUCUGGAGCCCAGCAGUUUGUGGCAAAGGAUCCUCAGGAGGAUGAUGAUUUGAAGCUGUGUUCUCAUACCAUGAUGCUUCCUACACGUGGCCAGUUAGAAGGAAGGAUGAUCGUGACCGCGUACGAGCAUGGGCUUGACAAUGUCACAGAGGAGGCAGUGACUGCAGUUGUUUAUGCUGUGGAGAACCAUCUUAAGGAUAUUCUGACAUCUGUGAUAUCCAGGCGGAAAGCCUAUCGUCUGAGAGAUGGCCAUUUCAAGUAUGCCUUCGGAAGCAAUGUCAACCCUCAGCCAUAUCUGAAGAACAGUGUUGUUGCUUAUAACAAUUUAAUUGAAUGCCCUCUGAGCUGUACGGCUCCUUCUGCUGGUCAGGGUCUGGCCCCCCAGCCCCCACCUGACGAUGCCGAGCAGCAGGCAGCUCUGCUCCUGGCGUGCUCUGGAGACACCUUACCAGCAUCCCUCCCGCCAGUGAACAUGUAUGACCUUUUUGAGGCGCUACAGGUGCACAAAGAAGUUAUCCCUGCACACACUGUCUACGCUCUAAACAUUGAGAGAAUUGUCAUGAAACUCUGGCAUCCAAACCACGAGGAGCUGCAGCAGGAUAAAAUCCAUCGCCAGCGCCUGGCAGCAAAGGAGGGCCUUCUGCUCUGCUAAAGCCUCAGGUGGCUGUGGUGCUGCUCCUUGGACUUGACAUGCAAAUGUUUCUUACAAACCUAUGUCAGCAUUUCAAGGAUGACGUAAGUUAUGAGUCAACUUUCCUAUGGAAAUAUGACUG